AUGCUAGAAAUCACUUGCAAAGGCUCGCCCUACGAAGUCAGCUACCGACACGGCACACUCGCCCGCCAACAAAUUCAAGGCAGCAUAACUNUUUACACCAACCUCUUCCUCAACACCACAAAUCUCUCUUGGGCUGAAGUACAAACCACCGCCCUCGACUUCUUACCAGUAAUCCGCCAAACAUGGCCAGACUAUCUAGAAGAAAUGAGGGGAAUAGCAGAAGGAGCGGGAAAAUCGCUCGCUGAGAUUAUCGCACUAAAUGUACGCACAGAGAUCAAUUUCGGCUUGUUUAGUGAUGGGUGUACUGCUUUAUCUUGGCUUCAUGGUAACUCAAGCAUAUUGGCGCAAAAUUGGGAUGUGAGUAAAAGGACUACUCCUUCUUCUCAAGAUCAAGAGACUGACAGCUGGAUAGNNUGGAUGACAGAACAAAAGCAAAACUUGCUGCUCCUUACUAUCUACCAGCAAAACAAGCCAACCAUCAAAAUGGUCACAGAAGCAGGUCUGAUUGGUAAAAUCGGCUUCAACUCUGCAGGCGUGGGCGUCUGUCUCAAUGCCAUCAGAGCAAAAGGCAUGGAUAAAACACGAAUGCCAUGCCAUCUAGGUCUUCGCUUGGUGCUAGAGAGCAACUCUUGCAAAGCAGCCGUCGAUGCUCUGAAGAAACAUGGUAUAGCAUCUUCAUGCCAUAUGCUGAUUGCAGACCCAAAUGAAAGCGUGGGACUGGAGUGGAGCUAUAAAGACCUGCAGGUUUUGGAGAUGAAUGAUAAGAGUCAGGUCUUUCAUUCGAACCACUAUCUUUUGCCGCAUCCGGGCGUCACAGAUACGGUUUGGUUGGAAGACAGCAAGUUCAGGAUUAAGCGCAUCCAGGAGAUCUGUGAUGACUUGGGUAAAUUGCCGACGAUGACAAAGAUUCAAGCGCUCUUCAAGGAUGAGAAGAAUUAUCCAUAUGCCAUUUGUCGAGCGGAGGAGGAAGGAAACCACUCUGGCACCGUGUUCAACAUUGUCAUGGACUUGAAGGCGAAAAAGGCUUCGGUGAUAUUAGGAAGACCGACAACGCCGGAAGAAGUCUAUGAGAUAGGCUUU